CCAUGAGGAUAAAACUCUAAAAAUGUUUUCAAAAUUACUGCUAAGAAACUACGGAAAACUACUGUUUGAUGGAUAUACAGUUACCUAUCUGACAAGAACAAGAAUCAGGCAGAUAUCGGAAUGGAUUCCCAAAGAAAUAAAAUCGCUUAUUCCCCGAGAUCCGAAGAUUCGACAAGUUGGAGAUCCGGUUUUGAGAGAACCCGCCGAAGCAGUGGACGUCACUUUCGUCCAUUCCCCAGACUUCAAAGCCAUGGUAGAUAGACUUGUGAAGGUCAUGAGGAGCCAUGAUGGAGCUGGAAUAGCUGCUCCACAGAUAGGAGUCGGAUUACAAGUUAUCGCCAUGGAAUACACAGGAAAACACAUGAAGAAAUUAAAAGACAAUGGCUUCUCAGACAAGGAUUUAAAACGUAUGGGUAUUGCUAUUGUUCCUCUAAAAGUAUUUAUAAACCCUAAACUCAGGGUUAUUAACCCUAAAAUGUUGGCAUUCCGUGAAAGCUGUUUAAGCGUUGAGGGCCAUAGUGCUGUCGUGCCCCGGAUGUCAGAGGUAGAGGUGACUGCUCUGGAUCAAAAUGCCACGCCCAUUACUUGGAGAGCGGCAGGUUGGCCUGCUCGUAUCUUGCAACAUGAGGUGGACCACCUUAAGGGGAACUUGUAUGUGGAUUCUAUGUUGUAUAAGACAUUUAUGAAUAACAACUGGCAAAAAUAUGCCAAAUAAAAGAGCAAGUAAAGACACAAACACUGUGAAUGUGUUAACCUGGGAAACCAGGAUAAAUAAAUCAAUUUCUGACAUAUAUUGUUUUUGCAAGACCUUGUUAUUUCAAUAUAAUAUCCCUUUUUUCUAAAGACUGGAUUUGGGAUUAGCAAAUGGGGGGAGGGUGCAUUUUUUUAAAACUUCCCAUUUAAAGUACUGUAGUAAAAAGAAGCCACAUUCCCACUUAGCCAAUAACAAACAAAUAUGUGACGGGGGAAAGUGCAUUCACAACUAGUCUAGUUCUGGGACCCUUCUUUGAUGGCUCUUGUUCUACCUGUGGUUUCGGCGACACCACAGGUAGACCAAGAGCAGUAAAAGAAUGGUCCUGGAACUGGACUUAUUCAAAACCUUCAUAAUCCUUUAGCCUAAAGACCUGAACCACAACUAGGUAUUUCUGAAUAUCAAAUUAUCCUCUCUAGCAAGCUUAUAGCUGAUACCAACAUUCAAUUUGUUGUUGUGUUUUUUUAUUUUAUAUUUUUAAAUUGCAAAUUAUUGUUUCGUUUAGAUUAAGAUAAGAUGCUUCUCUAUAGAGUGGAAAUUCACAAACUGAUUCCAAAAGGGCAAGUUAGAUCAAUAUGAUGAUCCAAAACAGAGAUGUCUGGCUACUAAAAUCUAGAUGCAGUACACAAAAUAAUCUUGAGUAGCAAAAAUUACCAAAAUACUUAGUUUGACAAAAUUACUAGAUUCUACUUAUUGAGUGAGUAUGUUAUAUUAACUAACAACUUGUGAAUUCUUGCUUGAGUUUGACAAUAGUCUGCCACCUCCAAUAAACUAAUCAAGCCGUCCAA